AGCUUGUGAGGUUUUCACUCUUCAUCUCAUCGACGUCGACAUCGCAAACAUUUAUCGGCACAAUGUGUCCACUAUCCGCCCUCGAACAACUCAGCUCCGGCCAAGCAACAUUCAACCCCAGCGAAUCAACCACCCCUUCCUGCGUCCCAACCGAACCCAUCUCCCUCGGCGCCUACACCCACGUCCGCACGCGCCUACACCCCUCCAUCCUCGCACACAGCCUGCGCACCUUCCUGCACGCCAAAACGCUCUCCGCGGCCGAAAACACACCAUGGCACACGCCCCUCGGCCUCCCGCUGCUCUUCAUCGCGUGCCUCUUCCACGACAUGGGCACCUCGCCCUCGUGCGAUGGCCCGCAGCGCUUCGAGAUCGAGGGCGCAGACGCCGCGUCCGCGUUCCUCAACACCCGCUCGCCCGAUAUCGCCCCGGACGACGUGCGCGAGGUCUGGACGGCGAUCGCGCUGCACACCUCGCCGGGUAUCGCUGAGCGUAUCACCGUCCUCGCGCGGAUAGUGAGGCUCGCGGUGCUCGUCGACUUCAAGGUGCCACACCCGGACGCGCGCGUGGAUGCGAAGGAUAUUGAGCAUGCGGAGAGGGCGUUCCCGCGCGGCGAGAUCGAGAAGGUGCUGGGCGAUGCGGUCGCUGAGCAAGCUGAGAGUGCGCAGGAGCCACAGAGGAAGGCGCCGCCUGCGACUUGGCCGGGCGUGCUGCUGCAAGCUAGGAGGGAGAAUCCAGGGUGGACAGGGGUGAAUAAAGCGUUCUGAGUUUGGUAUGCUACGGUGAGGACAUGGAUAGCUACGAUUCGAGAUCUCAGAGAAGGUGAAAGAAAAUGUCGAAGGACCUGUUAUUUUCUCGCGUGUCUUGUCGCCGAUGCGCGCAUGCUGCUCAUUGUCCUCUUGAUGUUGUCAUACACAAAGCGUACCGCCGAAUGCUCGGAGUUGACUUGAGGAGCGUGCCUGGUGGGGGCACUGCCA